AAACUCCUCUCUCCUGCACUUUUGUCCAAAUUUUUGGGUGUAUUUAUACGUGAGACCGCAGAGGGAGCUCUAUCACAUUUACAGACGGAACUUUGCAGAGUAGGAGAUUUUUGCUAGAACAGCGACCAGAGGAAAAACGGAUAUAAGUUAAGGUCAGGUCAUGUCGUCCAUAAAAGUGGAAUGUGUUAUCAAACAAAAGAACCAGAUCGGUGAGAGUCCAGUUUGGGAGGAGAAGGACUCCUCUUUGUUGUACGUUGAUAUUAGGGGUAAAAGGGUCAGCCGUUGGAGCUCGCUGACCAACCAAAUAGACAGUAUUGCCACAGAAAAUCUUGUAGGCUCUGUGGUACCACGUCGGGCAGGUGGUUAUGUCAUCGCAGAAGGAACACGGUUUGCAUUUGUUGAUUGGGCAAAGCGUUCCAUUAAAUCUGUUGCCCCUGUCACUAACAUGGAAAAACCAAACACCCGCUUCAAUGAUGGAAAAGUGGAUCCAGCUGGCAGGUUUUUUGCAGGUACCAUGGGUUUGGACAUCAAGCCUGACAUGACUGAUGGGGCGCUGUACAGCCUCCUUCCUGACCACUCUGUCGUCAAGCAGUUGGAUAAAGUGCACCUUUCCAAUGGUUUGGACUGGUCACUUGAUCACCGCAUCUUCUACUACAUCGACAGCCUGGCAUUCAUGGUGGAGGCCUUUGAUUAUGACAUCCAGACUGGAGGGCUAUCUAACCGCAGAAUGGUUUACAAGAUGGAGAAAGAUGAAUGCAUACCAGACGGUAUGUGCAUAGACACCGAGGGCAAACUGUGGGUCGCCUGCUUCGAUGCAGGAAGAGUGCUGCGUAUCGACCCACAAACAGGCACACGGUUGCAGACAGUGAAACUACCAGCUUCGAAAACCACUUCAUGCUGUUUUGGAGGGAAGGACUAUAGUGAUCUCUAUGUCACCUCAGCGUGUAUUGACCUGGAUGCAGAUGCACUGGCCAAGCAACCUGAAGCUGGCUGCACAUUUAAGGUGUCUGGUUUAGGAGUGAAGGGCAUCCCACCAUACUCAUACACUGGAUGAAAACCCAGGAAAAAGUGAUGAUGUAAACGUCGUGACCAUUUUGCAUUCACGAUACAACAACAAUGUUCCAAUCAGUGAUACAUAUAUAAUAUUAGAUACUGAAAGCUUACCUCAUUUCAGGUGAUUUCCAGAAUAUAAGACAUUAGAAGCAGUUUGUCUAAAUGACUAAAUGAAAGAUUUUAUUCUAUGUGAAAUAAUUUUAUGCAUUUAAAUCCUGUAUACAUUAACUACACAAAGUGUGACUGAAAAUAAUUUCAAAUGGUAAAUUUUUUGAGAUUUUUAGGUAAUUAUGUAAUUUAGGUAACUUGUACUUGCAUAUUAACAACAAAUGCGAUGUUUGGCUGUGCUUAUGAAGUGAGUGAGACAACAAUGAUUUUAAAAAAUUAUGUAAUUAAUUAUGUUUGUCAAUAAAGAUUUUAUUAAUUA